AUGAAAACCCUCGCGACGUUAGACCGCGGCGUCGCCGCGAGCGAGGACGACCGAAGCGCGGUGAACGCCCUCGUGGAGUCGCUCGAGACGCUCGCGUCGUCGCCGAGCCGAGCCGCGUCGCUCGCGCCGACGGAGGCGCGGCUGGCGGCGGCGCUCGACGGCGCGUGGCGGCUGGCGUACAGCAGCACGUUCGCGGGGGAGCAGACGGGCAGCCAGGGGUUCACGGGCGCGCCCGGGGGCGGAUCCCCCGGCGCUUCGCUCGGGAGCGUGUAUCAGCGGUUGAGCUUCGACGACGACGAGGAGAAGGCGACGUGCGAUAACGUCGUGGAGCUGCGCGGGCCGUUCGGCGGAGCCGCGGCGGCGUCGUUGGGGCACUCGUGCGCGGUGACCGGGAACACGUGCCGGAUCACGUUCACCGGCGUGACCGUGGAGAGGAACCCGUUCGGUCUGCCGCCGUUCACGCUGCCGUCGCCGAUGGACGCGCUGCCGAGAGAGGCGCGCGACGCGCUGAUGAGCGGCGGGUUUCAGAGCGGCGCGUUCGACACGACGUUCGUGGACGCGGAGACGCGCGUGUCGAGAGGCGACCGCGGCGAACUGCGAGUGUUCGUCAAGGAAGCGUGA